AAAUAAAGAGGAACGGGCAUCCCAUUCUGUUCCUGUCUUACUUGCUUUCAUGGAGAGUGGUGAUUCAGGAAGGCGUGCACUUUCCCAAGUCGUGGUUCUGAGACUUUCAUUUCGCCGCCGACUGCUUUCCUUCUGCGCAUUCUCAGCUGUACGGGAUACGUACUUGACGAUCCGCGACCGCCUUCAGACCGCCGAGAGCAGACGGCGUUUCGUCGUGGAAUUUCUCCUUCUUCGACACUUUUCGAGUCUCGCAUUUCCAGUAACGGAGAAUACCAAUCGACACACCGAAUACACCGUACACCGAGGUCGAAAGCGGCGAUUCUCUCUACGAAAUACUACUUUUAGUAGACCAACCGACCAACCGACCAACCGACCAACCGACCAGGCGAUACGUUCGACGAUGGCGGCGAACAGAGUGGCUUGCACCGCGGCCAGGUCGCUGGGAGCACCGAAGAGUCAGGCUGCCGCGAGCCAAGUGCGAAUGAUGAGCAGCGCAGGCAGAUCAAAUGGUACGUCGCAAUGUUGGGCGAAUUGUCUUUCCACUGCCUUCAAGAAAUUCUGUUUGCUCCAGGUUGGUGUUUGUUACCCAGCCCUGUCCCCAAGCCAAGCACUAUUCCUGUCAUUCAUGAGAGUGAGAGGUUGGUGCAGCUCGAAGCUAUCCCAAGCUCGCUUUUCCAGCACCGCUCAAACGGGACAGCUCCCGUCCAAGCUACCUUACGCUUUCCUACCCCACCUGUUUUGCUCGCCAGCUUACACCGCACGCCACGCCUCUUUAUUCGCCAUCCUUCACCGAACAAACGGACAAGGCACUUGAUCAUUUCCUCUCAAGUUCGAUCAAGCAUCUUUGAGUCCCACGUGGACCCCCACACUUUCCAUUCUCUUGCGGCAUAAGCAACUGGAUUUUCUCAUCAAGGCGUCGAGGACUCGGAAAUACCCUGGCGGGAGAAUCCGUAGAAGCUCUAGCCUCUAGGCGCGCUGACCGGCUUCCCCCUUGUCCUGCCGUCACCGGUUUCGGACACAGGCCUUUGAGGCAAACCCGCGCCAAACACGGCCGGGUCUGAUCCACGUCUUCGUCUACGACUCACCAGCAAGUGCUCGGCUGGCGUCCCGCACUGGAGGGGGGCAAACACAGCCCGUCAUGGAAGCCAUCCCGCGGCAGCACAGAAACGAUGCCACGCAGGGUCAUGUCUCGUGCCCCCGAGGUCACAGUA